UGAACUAUCAGAUCCAACUUGAGAAGAGAAGGCAGGACACUGCACAAUUCUGCAAACAAUUUAGAGGAAGAUUUCAGCAGUUUAGAGCAACAGCAGAAAUGAAGACAACACUGGCAGCUCUGACUCUCUGCCUGAUGGUGCUCAUGGCUACAAGUUUCCCUGUUGAGAGGAAAGGACCCUCAAGCUCUGGUGCUACUAAGGAGAAGCGUGUCCAGUAUGCAGCGUGGGAUGAUGUUAACGUCAUUGCCCAUGGCCUCCUGCAACUGGGCCAGGGGCUGAAAGAGCAUGUGGACAAGACUAAAGUCCAGAUGAGGGACCUGUCGAGCAAACUGAAAGUCUUCAAUCGCACUGUGAACGAACUAGGGAAGGAAAGUCAGAGGCUGCGAGCAGAAGGUGAGGCUCUGAAAGCUCGGGCCCAGGGACUGGAGGACAGAGAGGGGCAGGUGCUGAAUGUCACUGCUGAGCUGAGGGAGAAGGCAGAGGAGAUGCAGCAGGAGAGAAGGACCAUGAGUGAAAGAAUCAGCCGGCUGGAGGAGAAGGUGGACAGCAUGCUGCAGGGAGACGGGGUGCUGUCUGACAUGACUGCUGGUGCCAAAAAUAGCAGUGAUGCUCACAACAUCCAGCUCAUGCUGGAGGCCCAGAACAGACGAAUUGAUGAUCUGAUGGAGCGCAUCAGACUCCAGCAGGAGAAGCUUGACAAACAGAGCGUGCGCAUCAGGACCCUGCAAAGUGAAAUCCAGCAGUCAAGACAGAAAGCCUCCCCGCGGAGCAGCAACACCGACAGCUCCGUGCAGAGCGGCGUCGCGGAGCAGCGCGACUCGCCAGCCGAGACGGCAUCGGACUGCCACGAGCUGUUCAUGAGAGGAGAGACCACCAGCGGGGUGUACACCAUCCAGCCGACAAACUCAGAGCCCUUUGAAGUCUUCUGUGAGAUGACGGCCGACGGUGGAUGGACAGUGAUUCAAAGGCGCCAAGAUGGUUCAGUGGACUUUGACCAGCUGUGGCAGGCCUACGAGAAAGGCUUUGGCAACCUGAAUGGAGAGUUCUGGUUAGGUUUGGAGAGGAUUUACUCUAUAGCUAAAGAUGGUGGCUACAUCCUCAACAUCAGGCUCUCUGACUGGGUGGAUGACCUCACAACUGUCCGUCUCCCAUUCCAACUGGGUGGACAGGAAACCAAAUAUUCUCUCCAGAUUCAGAAGGCUGGCACUUUCAGUACCCUCGAGAGCUCCCUGGCGGCUGACGCCUCUGGUAUCCCUUUUUCCACCCAUGACCAGGACAAUGACCAGAAAAGUGACACCAACUGUGCCAAGCACCUCUCUGGUGGUUGGUGGUUCAGUAACUGCGGGCGCGCCAACUUAAAUGGCAGAUAUUUCCAGAGUCCUCCUCCCAAGCAGCGGCACCAGAGAAAGCAGGGCAUCUUCUGGAAGACUUGGAGGGGCCGUUACUAUCCUCUGAAAUCCAGUAUGAUGAUGAUUGCUCCCACCGCAGCUGAGAGCAAGCCAUAAAGAAUAGAAAGAGACAAAAGCAAGCAGGGAGUAAGAAGCAGGAGUAUUGGUUGAUGAGGUUAGAGGUUGCCAUUUCCUUGGUUGUCUCCCUAUGGGGAUUUAAUCUAAGAGCUAUAGCCCUCAGAACAAGACUGCUCUGUUCUGCAAAGAAGAUGAGCAGAUUCCUUCCCUGCAUUGAAAGCCACAGACGAGACAAAGCUAAAAUGUGCAAUGGAAAAAUGUCUUCAUACAUUGUACCAUGGAAGUUUCUUUCUUCUGGUAUGUAGCAGAUGCUUCCAGUCAACAGAGCGUCACACAGCGAGUCCCAGCCUGUCCAGUGUGCUGUAAGCAAUGAAGCAGUUCCAACAUGUCCAGACUCCUCACCACAUGUGAGGUGUCAGUUGUGUAUGUGGCCUAUUGAUGAGUUUGAAUGUAGCAAGGACUGUCAGCUAAAAAA